AUGUUAUCAAAUGCUCUCUACAAUGCUGCAAAUGCGCUUUAUGGUACUUUUGGUGCUGGGAAAAGACUAGAUGAAAAGUCUGGUGCUGUUUUAAUUAUUGGUGGUUCAUCCGAUGGGCUGGGAAUCGAAUUAUGUUCUACCCUGGCAAUUGAUGACAAAGUUUAUAUCAUAAACAUCGAUUCACGCGACAUGGAACUGAUUUUAAAUUUCAAAGAUGCUGCUGUGGUUGCCAAAUACUAUAGAUUUAUUCCUUGUAGAGAUUUAUCCAAUGCCGAUCUUGUACUGGAAGCUUUAAACCAAGUCAAGAAUUUAAAACUACCCAUCACACUUUUCAUCAACAAUGUACAGGUUGGAUUUAGGACAAUCUACAGUAAUAAUUUUUCGAUUGGUUACAGAGGUAUUCCCAGGUUACAGCAAUUUGCAAGCGCAAACGUAACCAAUAUCAUGAUUGCCACUAAAUUCUUCUUAAAUGAGAUCGUCCCACAAACUGAAAAGUCGACCCAUGGGAAUGUCAAUUUUUACAUUGUGAAUUUGACCACUGUUUUAACGUUGGAUGCUCCUGAGUACGGCAUGGAAUAUGUAUCUUCAAAAGCUGCCUUAAAUCAAUUCCACGAUGGUCUAACGUCCGAAUUGGCGGUAAAAUCAACCAGGAAGCGUAUCAAGACCCUUCUAAUUUAUUUGCCACAUGCGCCUAAUGGCCAUGCUUGGGAAAUGAUGAGUACCGACCUCUGCGAGCAAGUAGUCGAAUGCUUGAAGAUGGGAAGACGAGGAUGUGCUAUGCUACGCGCUGAAGACGAAACUGCAUCUGGAGAUUUACACGGUAAAAUCCGUAAUGGUUAUCGAUACAGGGCUGGGGGUUUAAAGUCCAAAUGGACUACUUAG